CACACACACGCACGCACGCACUUCACAUACCACAUACCAACACACGGAAAGAGAUGAAGAAGAAGAAGGCCUCUUCUUGCUUCCCAUUCUCUCCUUUUCUUCUCAGAGUUUCUAGCUGAAAUGCCUAGCCUUUUUGCUAAAUGAGUUGUAGUAUCAUUAAAAACAGUGUUACAGAAUAUCUGUAUUCUCUGUUUGGUUUCUGAGAAAACCAAGGAUUAUGGAAUUUUGCCAUCGCUGAUGGAUCUUGAUGUUAUUUAAAGUUGUGUUCUUUCACCUUUUACUAUACAGGAAACAAAAGCUUUAUGAUUUGUUAGAAUUGGAGCUAAUUUAGUGGUGACAAAAUGAAUGGGAAUAGACAAAUGGAAGUGCAUUAUAUGAGCACCGACUUUCCUUACACUACCACUGAAUGCUUUAUGGAUUUCUUUGAAGGACUAACUCAUGCUCCAGUAAAUUAUGCUCACAAUGGACCAAUGCAUGAUCAGGACAAUUCAUAUUGGUCAAUGAAUAUGAAUGCAUACAAAUUUGGAUUUUCUGGUCUGGGGAGUGCUUCUUACUAUAGUCCAUAUGAGGUAAAUGAUAAUUUACCAAGAAUGGAUGUGAGCAGGAUGGCUUGGGAAUACCCUUCAGUAGUGAGUGCUGAAGAGCCCACAACCACAGACACACAGUUUGAAGGAGAUGCGAACAUGGGAGUGCAUGCCAUACCUGAAGAAAGCAUUUCAAAUCAGGCAAGCACCAAUAGUCCACAGGCUCUUUGGCAAGAUGAUGUUAAUCCAGAUACCAUGACAUAUGAGGAAUUGGUCGACCUAGGUGAGACUGUUGGAACUCAAAGUAAAGGUCUAUCUCCUGAACUUAUCAGCUUGCUUCCAACCUCAAAAUGCAAGUUUGGAAGCUUCUUCUCAAGAAAAAGAUCUGGGGAAAGAUGUGUGAUUUGCCAGAUGAAAUACAAAAUAGGGGAUAAGCAAAUAAAACUGUUGUGCAAACAUGCUUACCAUUCUGAAUGUAUCACCAAGUGGCUUGGCAUCAAUAAGGUAUGUCCUGUUUGCAACGAUGAGGUAUUUGGAGAGGAAUCAAGGAAUUAACAGAUCUACAGAAAAAGAAAAUCACUGCUCAAUCGUCUCCUUUUCUUUUAUUUUCUUUCUAUUUUAUAUGGGUGGUUUGGUUUCUUUAUCUUUUGUACACGUAGUUUUAGUCAAGGAACAAGGCAAUUCCCUCAUUCUCCACAGAAGUUUUGUUUACUAAAGAAACCGUAUCAUCUGAGCUUCUAUAGCAAGAUAACUUGAGUUUUAAGCCUCGUGUUGCUGAA